CACGCUUGUCUGUCCCCACUUCCAACCCCCAAUCUCAUCCAAACAAACUUGGCGCAACAAUCAACUGCCGGCAGCUCUUACACGUCAGCUUUCUCCUCUGCGCGACCCUCGUAGCGAUCAAAACGCCCCUGCUCUCGUAAGCAUAUAAUAAGCAGCCGCGGAAACCUCGGGAUUGUCCACAAACAACCUCAACACGACCGAGUUUUGAGAAUCUGAGAAAUCACACAUUUUUCAUCUCCAGACGCACGACGCAACAAUGUCCAACCAAGGAUACUACCAAGGCGCUCCUCAGUACCCCCAGCAAAGAGUUAUCAAACAGCGACGCAGGACCCCGAAGCCCUUUGGUUCUAGUCUGAAGCUCAAAAACGAGCUUUCUAAGACCGGAAUUGAUGAGCGCUCCAGAUUGACGCAGACCUCCAAACGCAACGCGAUUGAACCGCCGCUUCUCCUUCUCCCAGGCGAGAUACGCAACAAGAUCUGGGAUAAUGUAAUGAGCAACCACUUGAUCUCGAUACACGGGGAAUUCAGGGGGGUCAUUAAGAGAAUACGUACAUUCCACAGAUAACAACAAAGUGAUU